GUCAUCAAACGUGAAAAACAAAAACACACAGUUGUCGGUUCUUUUUUUUUUUAUCUUUGUGGUGCGUAACCAAAAAGUAGUAGUCAGUUUUUUUUCUGCCACUUAUAGUGAGUUCUGAGCGAACUGAACCGUUUUUUUUUUAUCAACACAAAUUUUACGAUGAUAAUAAUUUGAAAAUCCGUUUGAAUUGAAGUUCGUUCACGAUCAAUGAAGGUAACGAAGAAGAAGAAGGAAAACAAAUGCUCAUUUUCACAGAGUUAAAAAAUCGACAUUUUACGUUUUGCGCAAACAAAUGAAGCAACAACAACAAACUUACUCAUGCUUGCGGUUUAUCAAUCGUCGACGUCGUGCCACUCGAUUGAGGACGAACUCAUAUCAAUAUCAAACACAGCAAAUUGUUGCCCAUUUCACGCGUAGAUACCAAUAUUGUUUUAGCCCAAAGUCCGCCAGUGUGCGUGUGUAUGUGUGUAUGUGUGUGUCGACGAUUUUUCAUGUUGAAUGCCGAAAUGAAAGUUGCAAAGUAAGCAAAAUGUAUAAUAUAAAAUAUACGUAUCAAUCAAGAACGGAAAUGAGUCUAGAAUUCCAAUCGUCAUGGAAUACCAACAUAAAUGUCUAGUGCGUGCGUGUGUGCUUGGGAAAUGAAAGAAGGGUAUACGCGUUAAAGUCGCCUGUCCAGAGUACUUCGAGUGUCAAUUGAAGUGGUGAUCAAGAGAGUUGUCACAUACUUUGACGAUGUGCAAUCUAAGGAAGAGCAGAACGAGAGAGAGAGAGAGAAAGAGCAACAGCACCAGCACCAGCAGCAAACAAAAAUGAACGAGUGAGGCGGAGAAGCAAAGGGAGAGAGAGAGAGAACGAAAUUGAAUGUAUACAUUUAUGCGUGUCAGCGUCUUCGAUCCGUUUCGAACGAAAGAGUAAGACCCAACCACCGAUGAUAUAAUAUUCUAUAGAGAGUAGACUCAAUCGGUUGCGUAUUCUCAACGCAAGUGAAAUGUGUGCAUAAAAAUUAAAUUCCGUGUUAAAAGAAUGUGAUAUCACUCAUUUUUCGAGUGAGCUUGUGUACACCAGCCGUACGUAAAGAGAACAGAGAGACAAUAGCACCGAUCUGCGCUCGUUUUCGAUCGACGACUUCAUUUGAACGUGACGGUUAUUUGGGCAAGUGAAAGAGAGAGUUAGAGAAGGAAAGAGAAUUGACAUAUGACAAAUGAAAUUGAAAAUAAACUCGUGUAAAACAAGCAGCAGACUGUCAUUAACGUAAAAUACAACCAUAGUAACAAACAAUAAUUGGAAGAAGAGAAAACAAAUAGUGCCAUUGGACCAUUACCACCGUAAAAAAAAUCAAGAAAAAAAGUGCAAAAAAAAAAACAAACACCGUUCUGAAAUAUUCAAUCGAAUUCAGACGAAAAAGAGAAGAAAAAGAACAAAAUUAUAGACCCAGUUAAAUAUACGAAGUGAAUACGGUGAAACAGUAAAAAGAAGAAGAAAAAGAAGCUACAGAGAAAGAGAGAGAGAGAAAACAGAGCACACGGCGCAAAAGACUGAUAUAUAGACAUUAUCAACGGGCGUGAUCUACAUACUGAACGAUGAUUUCCAAGUGUUUAAAGUGGUUUUAGCAUUUCGAGAAACGCAGCCAGAAACACCACCAAAGUCACACGCAAACACACACACACACGACCAAGAAGAAAAACAGUGGUUCGAUCCCAGACUUAUUCGAUAAGCUCUCUGCGAAGUGAAUGUGAAAACGAGUAGUUGACGACGAGUUUCCCCGUGUCAAACAUUCAACAUUGGAAUUCGUUUCGUUUUCUUCAAUAUCCAGCGAUUGGUUUGUUUUUUUUUAUCACACUCAAAAAUGCAGUUGAAGAAGUGACUUUGCCACAUUGGCGGAUGGUCAUGCGCCUCCAAAAUCAAAGAAACGACUCGUUUUAACACAUGUUUUUACAGGUUAUUUAUAACGUGAGGAAACGCGCCGAACGGCCCCAUUCUAAGGGGUCAUGACGCGUUGGCGCUUCAAGCUACUUUUGCUAGUAUUGAUAGGGAUCGUAAUCACAGUUUUUUUCAUUCAUCCAUCGCACGGGGCACGAAAUCAUUCGCCCCAAUCCAACAACAACUACAAAAAAACUGUGCUUACCGUCGGAUAUCUAACGGCUAUCAAAGGUGAACUCAAAGACAAACAAGGCCUUGCCAUUUCUGGUGCACUCAAAAUGGCUCUAGAUGAGGUAAACAAUGAUCGAUCUUUAUUACCAAAUGUAACGCUAUCUCUCCGCUGGAAUGAUACACGCGGUGACACCGUAUUAGCUACACGUGCCAUAACUGAAAUGAUCUGUGAUGGUGUUGCAACAAUUUUUGGACCAGAGGGCGCUUGUCACGUCGAAGCCAUCGUUUCACAGAGUCGAAACAUCCCUAUGAUAUCCUAUAAAUGUUCAGAUUACAAGGCAUCCUCUAUACCAACAUUUGCACGCACAGAACCUCCAGAUACUCAGGUAACCAAAUCGGUGAUAUCCCUACUUCAUUACUAUGGUUGGAAGAAAUUUUCAAUAAUUCACGAAGAAGUAUGGACAACGGUGGCGAAUUCGUUGAAAGAGCAAGCAAAGUCAAAAAAUAUGACAAUUAAUCACUGCGAGAAAGUGAUCGACAAUCAUAAAUGCUGUGAAAAUAAUCUGGCAUGCUGCCGUAGCAGCUACUGGCAUCAGCUCAUACAAAACACAAAAAACGGAACUCGAAUCUAUGUGUUUCUUGGCACAGCAACCGCACUUAACGACAUGAUGGUAUCUAUGGACACAAUGCAAUUAUUCUCGAAAGGUGAAUAUAUGGUAAUUUUUGUUGAUAUGAUGACCUAUUCACCAAGAGAAGCACAUCGAUACCUAUUCAAACCGGAUCAAUUAACGAAACUGCAAAGAUGCAAUGAAAUUGACAACUUUGCAAAACGCGGACGCAGCUUAUUGGUCGUCGUUGCAACGCCACCGACCGAAAACUAUGAAAAGUUCACCGAAAAAGUACGAGAAUACAACACCAAAGCACCAUUCAACUUUACGCUACCCGUUUUAUUCAACAAUUAUACCAAGUUUGUAUCGAUUUAUGCCGCAUAUUUGUAUGAUUCGGUGAAAUUGUAUGCAUGGGCAUUGGAUAAGUUGCUGAAGCAAGAGCAAGAAGAGCGGCCUCUAACCGACAAAUUGAUACAAGAAGUGGCCGAAAAUGGUACUCGAAUCAUUGAAACGAUCAUCAAGAAUCGCACGUACAAAAGUGUGACUGGUUCGACCAUAAAAAUUGAUCAUAAUGGCGAUUCAGAAGGUAAUUUCUCCGUUGUGGCGCUUAAACCACAUAAAAUGGCGCGUGAGAACUUUUCCUGCGACUUACAUAUGGUUCCAGUGGCAUACUUUCAACAAGGAGAAGAUUUUCCAGAAUACCGACUAAUAAACGCAUCAUGGCGUAUCGAUUGGCCAGGCAGUGAAAAACCAAUUGAUGAGCCAAUUUGUGGUUUCAACAAUGAACUAUGCCCAAAGGAUGAUACACACAUUACGUCAAUGGUCAUUGCCGGCGCGCUCGCUCUCAUGCUAUUUUGCAGCACUGUGGUGAUGUUGAGCAUUUAUCGCAAGUGGAAGAUUGAAUUGGAGAUCGAGGGUUUACUGUGGAAAAUCGAUUCAUCCGAAAUCAAGGGCUAUUUCAACAAUGAUAUUGUUUCGUCACCGAGUAAGCUAAGUCUAGUCAGUGCUGCAUCGUUUGGAUCACGAUGCUCGAAUCAAGUAUUUACAACAACUGGUAAAUUUCGCGGUGUUGUUGUACGCAUCAAGGAGUUAAAAUUUGCACGCAAACGGGACAUUUCACGUGAUAUAAUGAAAGAAAUGCGUUUGCUGCGCGAUCUGCGUCACGAUAAUAUAAAUAGUUUUAUUGGCGCGUGCGUUGAACCAAUGAGAAUACUACUAGUCACCGAUUAUUGUGCCAAGGGCAGUCUAUACGAUAUUAUCGAAAACGAAGAUAUAAAAUUAGAUGACUUAUUCAUAGCGUCACUGAUACACGAUUUAAUCAAGGGAAUGAUUUACAUACACGAUUCGGCCCUUAAUUUCCAUGGUAAUUUAAAAUCGUCCAACUGUGUUGUGACAUCACGUUGGCUGCUCCAAGUCACCGACUUUGGUUUGCACGAUCUACGUCACUGUGCUGAAAAUGAAUCGAUCGGCGAACAUCAAUACUAUCGCAAUCAAUUUUGGAAAGCACCGGAAAUUUUGCGCAAUUCCAACGUGUAUGGAUCACAAAAGGCCGAUACAUAUGCAUUUGCCAUCAUUUUGUAUGAAGUGAUCGGCAGAAAAGGACCAUUCGGCCAAGUUGGCUACGAACCAAAAGAAAUUAUCGAAAUGGUGAAGCAUGUUCCAAGUUUUAACGAAGAUCCAUUUCGGCCGGACAUUGAAUGCAUUCAGGAUUGUGGCAAUUGUGCCGAUUACAUUGUUAAUUGCAUCAAAGAAUGCUGGGAUGAAAAUCCAGAAGUUAGACCCGAUUUUCCCACGAUUAGGAGUCGCUUGAAAAAGAUGCGCGGCGGAAAGUCCAAAAAUAUUAUGGAUCAAAUGAUGGAAAUGAUGGAAAAAUACGCAAACAAUUUGGAGGAUAUAGUCAAUGAGAGAACGCGCCUAUUGUGCGAAGAAAAGAAGAAAACAGAAGACUUAUUACAUCGAAUGUUACCGAAAACGGUGGCGGCCAAUUUAACGAAAGGUCAUGGUGUUGAGCCGGUUUCGUACAGUUCGGUAACCAUUUACUUUAGUGAUAUAGUCGGUUUUACAGCGAUGUCAGCCGAAAGUUCACCGCUACAAGUGGUUAACUUCCUCAAUGAUUUGUACACCGUGUUUGAUCGUAUAAUCAAAGGAUAUGAUGUGUACAAAGUGGAAACAAUUGGUGACGCCUACAUGGUGGUCUCUGGUUUGCCAAUCAAAAAUGAUAUACGUCACGUCGGAGAAAUUGCAUCGAUGUCUUUGGAUCUCUUAAGUGCAGUGCUUCAGCAUAAAAUAUCACAUCGACCAAAUGAAAUGCUAAAAUUACGAAUUGGAAUGCAUACUGGGCCAGUGGUAGCUGGUGUGGUUGGAUUGACAAUGCCGAGGUAUUGCUUGUUUGGCGACACAGUGAAUACAGCAUCCCGGAUGGAGUCAACGGGUGAAGCGUUGAAAAUACACAUUUCGGUGCAGGUGAAAGAAAUGCUAGAACGAUUGGGUGGCUAUGAAACGGAAGAACGUGGCCAAAUUGAACUUAAAGGCAAAGGAAAAGUGACCACCUAUUGGCUGACCGGUGCAAAUGACAAGGCAAUUAAACGGCGUGAAGUUAACUUGAGCGAUUUACCACCGCUCUUCUGUCGACCACGACGUAGCCCCAAAUUGAAUUGUGACUCACGGCAACCGAGCUACGUUGGUGCCCAAUAUUUUGGCAACAAUAAUGCAAACUGCGGUACGAAUAGUCGUCGUCAAUCGAAUGUGCCGCGGAAUGACAGUGAAAGUGCGUCGAGCCUCCAGGGAUCUCUAAAGCGGGUAGUAGAAUAUUCGCCGAAGUCUAGUCAACGAAAACAUCUGAAUCGUACACCAUUGUAUUUAAGCGAAAAUUCUCGAAUCACUCAGACCGAAUCACUGACCAACACCGAUUGCUUUUUCAAACCCGACGAUGAAUCAAUCAAUCAGUAUCAAUUGCAACAAUUGGAUUAUGUACAGAAAAAACCAUUUGCAAUGGUUCGACCGCGACGCAUCGUAAUAAACGAUGAAUAUCGUUCGUUUCUCAGUCAGUUGGAUUUAAACUAUAAUGUGGCGGCACGUUUGCGUGAAAGUAAAUCAUUGGAUUUGAUACCAUGUAAUCAGCUACGGAAUCGUGUCGACUCAAAACGUUUGCCCAUUGCCAAGAUCAACGAUCGCAGUGCAUGCUCAUUGGAUGCUGGUGUUUCAAUGAUAAGCCGUGAUCCAAUGCCCGAACCAUUUAAUUUAGGAAAUACACGUUGCAAUUUUGAAAUUGGUAGCAAUCGCAUGAUAUGCGCACCCGAACACACAACCGAUACAAUCACAAAUAAACUCACAAAAAAAUCAAAGAGCCCGUACAAAGGGCUAAACAAUUGUAAUGGGCCAACGUCGGUUGGCGAAGAUGCCCAUUGUCCGUUACUCUAUCGACAAAACUCAUUGAAUAAUCCUCAAGAUGAAAAUGUAUUACAGCACAAGCGCUGGCGUUCAUUGGAAACGGUCCAACACAAUCGCAGCGACAGCGACACAUCCGUAUCAAAGAACGUGAAAAAUAUGAAUCGUGGCUCGAUUCGAUCGUGGCUGGUCAAUUUAUUCCAUGGCAACGGAUUCAAUGAUGCGUCGUUGCGAAAAGCAGGCGUCGUUCAAAACCGUGUCAAAGGCUAUAGCGGCUUUGGCGAACUGCCACCAGCACCCGAACAUGAAAGCAUCGUAUGAAAGGAAGAAAGCAGAAGAAAAAAAAAAUACACGACUUCUUUAUUGUUGUUUUUUUUCUUCUUGGCUGAUCGAUCACUUUAUCAAUCAUCUUUAGAUACACACACCCACAUGCACACACAAAUUAUUAAACUCACAAAGAAAAAAAAAUGGAAAAAGAAACAAAAAAUUUACAUUUAAAAAAAAUCAUCCAAAAAAAAAACACAAAUUAUUAUUCCUAUUGAAAAAAAAAAAAAAACAAUGUUGUUUAUCGAAUUUGCAAACAUUUAAGUCAAUUUUUAGAAAUGAUGUUGAGCAUACACACCAUUUUAAAUACACAAAAAAAACAUGUUAAUGUCAAAUGAUCAAAAUAGAACAAUUUAUUUAAGUGCUUUGCCUUGUUAUGUCUUCAAAUGGAUAAAGAAUUUCAGAAGAGGGAGAGAGAGAGAGACGGCGGAAGAGAUAGAAAAAUGUCAAGAAUACAAUGAUAAUGAUGACGAUGAUGAUGAUAUAUAUGAUAGAAAUAAACCAAUGGCAAAAAAAUAAACAACAAAGAAAAUAGCUAUAUAUAGAAAUUAGUUUAAGUGUAUGCACACGUAAUUAGUAUGCACACGUUGAUACGGUGAAAUGCGAUGUAUAAAAACAAACAAACACACAAUGGAAAUGUUCUUUGAUUCUGUAAAUAAAUCUAAAGAAAUAAGA